AGCGCGCGCAUCGGAAGGAGCGAGGAAGCGAAAGGAAGGAAGCAAAAAGAGCACACAGGCGCCGAAGCAGCGGAUGAUCGGAGCCAAGUGUGUGUUGCAUUUUUCUCGUAUUGCAUCUCCCUGGCCGCGGAGGACCUGAACCGACUACCAUGAUGCUGCUGCUGCAUCUGAUGGCGAUGUUGCUGUGCGGGAGCCAAGCCGCCCUGCAGGUUUCCAUAUCCUUGAACAAGGUGGAGUUAAGUGUCGGAGAGUCCAAGUUCUUCAUCUGUACAGCGAUUGGCGACCCGGUGAGACUAGAGUGGUACAACCCUCAGGGGGAGCGCAUCCAGCCUUCUAAGCGCAUGGCACUGCACACAGAGAUGUCGAGAUCCCGGCUAAUCAUCUACAACGCCAUCAUCGAGGACGCCGGCAUCUAUCGCUGUCAGGCGUCCGACACCAGUGGUCAUACGGCGGAGGCCUCAGUGGUGCUGGAGAUAUACCAGCGGUUGACUUUUCGAGACGUUCAAUCGCCGCAGGAGUUCCGCCACGGUGAGACGGCCGAAGUCAUUUGUGACGUCAUCAGUUCACCCGUGCCGGAGGUUGUGUGGUACUACCAGGGCAGGGAGAUCACCAAUGAGCACCACAGCAGGUUCAAGGUGCUUGCAAACAACAGCCUGCAGAUCCACCGUAUGACCAAGGCGGACGAGGGCGUGUACCGCUGCGAGGCCAGCGUGGAGGCUCGCGGCGAGAUCGACUUUGUGGAUAUAGCCGUGGUGGUGAACGUCCCCCCAGUCCUGUCAGUGACCCAACAGUCGUUCAACGCCACCGCAGACUACCAGGAGUCGGUCACCUUCACGUGCAUCACCUCUGGAUCUCCUGAUCCUGUGAUCACAUGGCACAGGAAAGGCCUGCAGCUGGAGCCAUCAGAUCAGUACAUCCUCAGUCGCCUGGAAAGGGGGCGGGGCAUGCUGACCAUCCGCAACAUCCGCCAGGGUGACGGAGGCUUUUACUACUGCAAGGCCACCAACAAAGCGGGUUCUCAGGAGAGAGAGCUCUUCCUCAAAGUGUUCAUCCAGCCUCACAUCACGCAGCUGAAGAAUGUGACGGCGGUGGAGAGCAAUGCCGCCAUGAUUACCUGCGUCGCUGAGGGCGAACCUCUGCCUGACAUCUCCUGGAGGCGAGCCAGUGACGGGCGGACUUUUGUGGAUGGAGACAAGAGCCAGGAUGGACGCUUCGAGGUGCGCGGACGCCACGGCAAGUCGGUGCUGACCAUCGCCAGCGUGAAGUUGGCGGACCUGGGUCGCUUCGACUGCGAGGCACUGAGUAGGAUCGGAGGCCAUCAGAAAAGCAUGUUUCUGGACAUUGAGUACAUACCAAAGUUCUUGACCAACCACACCAUCCACUAUUCUUGGGAGGGGAACCCAGUGAACAUCAGCUGUGAUGUGAUGUCCAACCCGCCUGCCAUCUUGCUGUGGAGGAAAGAGCACUUCACCAUCCCUGCAGAGGGCACUGCCAACACCCGGGUGCACAACGGCAUGGGAAAAUCUGUGCUCGAGGUUACGCCAAUGUCCGAUAGGGACUUUGGUCGUUACAACUGCACAGCCCGUAAUAACAUCGGCAUUCGAUACCAGGAGUUCAUUCUGGCUCAGGCUGAUGUGCCGUCCAAUCCAUACUCGGUUCGCCUGUCAGCCGUCUCCCAGCGCUUGGCCACCGUCACCUUCAUGAAGCCAGACUCGCAUGGUGGCGUGCCCAUCAGCCAUUAUUUAGUCCAGUACAAGGAAGUGGGCCUACAGGACUGGAGGGACGUUCGGUCACAUAGUGUGCAGACAACGGUGGUGCUGACCGGCCUGGAGCCCAAUACCACGUACGAGGUUCGAGUGGCGGCCGUCAACGGGAAGGGUCAGGGCGAGUUCAGUCACAUGGAGACUUUUCAGACCUUACCCAUCCGAGAACCAAGUCCGCCUGCAGUCCACGGGCAGAGAGGAAUGGGUAAAGCCUACAAGCUGGGGCUGGUCAAGCAGGAUGACGGAGGGAUGCCCAUCGUGGAAUAUAUCGUCAAGUACAAGACAGACAAAGAAGAGCAGUGGAUGACCAAGUUGGUUCCAGGCUCCAAUGAUUUUGCAACGCUGCAACCGCUCCAGUGGAACACGCGAUACGAAGUGGAGAUCACAGCCCGCAACGUCAAGGGCCUGUCGGAGCCCACCUUCUAUCAGUUCUUCAUGCCUCAGAAACCUGACAUCACAGCAGAAUCCCUGUUCAGCGGCCUGGGCCUCGGUGCGGUGGUGGGCCUCGGUCUGGGAGCGCUGCUGCUGCUGCUGGUCCUGGUGGACGUCAGCUGCUUCUUCCUGCGCCACUGCGGCCUGCUGAUGUGCAUCACGCGCACCUUGUGCAGCAAGAAGACCGCCACCAGCGGGAAGGGCAAGGAAAUGGAGGAGGGCAAGGCAGCCUACUUGUACACCUACAACAGCCGCCCGAGUGCCUUUUCAACCACAGAAACUGCCGCUGAAGGAAGAAAAUGGCAAAGAGUCUCUCAAGCCGGAUACGAUUGAAAUCAAAUUGCACGGCGACCGCAGCAUCCACACAAAGCCGGACGACAGCAAAGCGUAAACAGUGGAGGGGGGGGGGGACGUCGGUCCUCUCGCCCACCACCCCUCCCUUCCGACCCCACCAACCCAACAAGAACAUUCGGAUCACGAGACCAAAACCCGGACGAACCACAGCACUGGAACACAGCGGAGAGAUUUUCUAUCUCAUACGUGGGGGGCAUGUGUAAAUAAACAUUGGAAGCGCGGACAUCAGGCUCAUGUUGAACAACGAUUGUAUGUUAUUUUUCUUGUGUCCGCUUAUGAUUCACACUAUUUUUAUGUCCAUGCAGGAAAGUAAUAACUCAGCCGAAGGCCCCCCCCCCUCUGCUGACCUCUCACCCUUGUAGCAGAAAGCUCGUGGUUCCAAUGAUGUCAAUCCCUGUUUUUUUUAAUAGCCGGGACCUUUAAAGAGAGAAAGUCACCCAAAAUGAUUAAUCCAUUGUUUCUUUUGAGUUCCCAUGGGGGGGGGGUGCGGAAAAAAACAGCGAUAAUUUAAAAAAAAAAUUAAAAAAAGAGUUCAAAAAAGUUGGAGAAAAAAAAAGCUUUUUCUACAAUAUUGACAAUGAAAAUUGUUGCUGUGUCUCAAAAACUUUUGAAAGACCUUGAAUGUUUUCAUCCGUCAAAGCAGUUUGUUGGUAGAACUGAAAGCGAGGAAUGGGGGGCGGGGGAAAAAACAUUAACUUUGAUGUCUUUCGGGAAAUGUAUUUUCUUUGUCGGUCGGCUCGCUUACAUGGUCAUGUGUUGUACAUAAGUGGAGAAAGAAAAAAAAAAAAAAAAGUAUUUUACAGAGCUUUUAUGUAAAUAUACCCUAAAGGAUGUGACUUUUUUUUCCACAAGGCACAUUCAUCUUCUUUUGCUAUGUUUUAUUUGGUGCAAAGGCUAUUGUCAGUCAUGGCGUCAUGUUUGCUCAUUUCCUCUAAAGCAGCGGUCCCCAAACUUUUUGUAACUGCGGACCGGUCAACGCUUGAAAAUUUGUCCCACGGACCGGGGAGGGGGGGCAUGGUAUUUUUGUUUUUUUGUUUUUUUUUGUUAUAAAAAAACACAAUCAUGUGUGCUUACGGACUGUAUCCCUGCAGACUGUAUUGAUCUACAGGACUGUCUCAGAAAACUAGAAUAUUGUGAUAAAGUCCUUUAUUUUCUGUAAUGCAACUAAAAACAUGAAAAUGUCAUACAUUCUGGAUUCAUUACACAUCAACUGAAAUAUUGCAAGCCUUUUAUUAUUUAAAUAUUGCUGAUUAUGGCUCAAAAAUCCCAUCUCAAAAAAUUAGAGCUUCCAUCUGUUGAAAAGCUCUAUGGAGAUGAUGAUUUCAUUUUCCAGCAUGAUCUGGCACCUGCCCACAAUGCUAAAACCACCAGUAACUGGUGUACUGACCAUGGCAUUACUGUCCUGGAUUGGCCUGCCAACUCCCCUGACUUGAACCCCACAGAGAAUUCGUGGGGUAUUGUGAAGAAGAAGCUGAAAGACACCAGACCCAAUAAUGCAAAUGAGCUAAAGGUCGCUAUUGAAGCAUCCUGGGCAUCCAUAACACCUCAGCAAUGCCACAGGCUGAUUGCCUCCAUGCCAUGCCACACUGAUGCAGUAAUCCGUGCAAAAUUAUUCCCAACCAAGUACUGAGUACAUUAAUUGACAUUUUCAAAUGUUUGAUUUUGUUGUUUUUUUACUUGGUCUGAGGAAAUAUUCUAAUUUUUUGAGAUGGGAUUUUUGAGUUUUCUUAAGCUGUAUGCCAUAAUCAGCAAUAUUAAAAUAAUAAAAGUCUUGCAAUAUUUCAGUUGAUGUGUAAUGAAUCCAGAAUGUAUGACAUUGUCAUGUUUUUAGUUGCAUUACAGAAAAUAAAGGACUUUAUCACAAUAUUCUAAUUUUCUUAGACAGUCCUGUAUAUUGAUAUAUAAUGUAGGAACCAGAAAUAUUAAUAACAGAAAGAAACAACCCUUUUGUGUGAAUGAGUGUGAAUGAGUGUAAAUGGGGGAGGGAGGUUUUUUGGGUUGGUGCACUAAUUGUAAGUGUAUCUUGUGUUUUUUAACUUGAUUUAAUAAUUUCUUUUAAAAAAAAAUAUUAAUUUUUUAUUUCUUGUGCGGCCCGGUACCAAUCGAUCCACGGACCGGUACCGUUGGUGGGGCACCACUGCCCUAAAGCAGGGCUGAGCAACUGGUGGCCAAAUCCGACCUUCAAGUUCAGUUCAAAACAUAAAUGACCCAUAGUGUCCAAAUGACUCAAAUUUCACUAACACACUCUCUUAAUAUAUUUGUUGCUCCUGAAAAUGAAUCUGGCAGUUAUUUCCCGUUAUGUCAAUUAGUUUUUGAGUAAUUGAUAGAUCACUAACUGUACUUGCAAUGCCCCCUUUGAUAUGCCACCCCUCUACGGCAUUGGUUUUUAACCAUUGUGGGGCCACAGGCACCCCCUAGAGUAGGGGUGUCAAACUAAUUUUAGAUCGGGGGGCCACAUGGAGAAAAAUCUUCUCUCAAGUGGGCCGGACUGGUAAAAUCCCGGCACGAUAACUUAAAAAUAAAGACAACUUCAGAUUGUUAUCUUUGUUUAGAAAUAGAGCAAGCACAUUCUAAAAAAUGUACAAAUGAUAACGUUUUUGGGGUUUUUUUUUACACUUACAUGUUGCGUCAACAGCGUUUUAAAAAGUCAUUACCGUAUUUUUCGGAGUAUAAGUCGCUCCGGAGUAUAAGUCGCACCAGCUGAAAAUGCAUAAUAAAGAAGGAAAAAAACAUAUAUAAGUCGCACUGGAGUAUAAGUCGCAUUUUUUGGGGAAAUGUAUUUGAUAAAACCCAACACCAAGAAUAGACAUUUGAAAGGCAAUUUAAAAUGAAUAGAGAAUAGUGAACAACAGGCUGAAUAAGUGUACGUUAUAUGAGGCAUACAUAACCAACUGAGAACGUGCCUGGUAUGUUAAUGUAACAUAUUGUGGUAAGAGUCAUUCAAAUAACUAUAACAUAUAGAACAUGCUAUACGUUUACCAAACAAUCUGUCACUCCUAAUCGCUAAAUCCCAUGAAAUCUUAUACGUCUAGUCUCUUACGUGAAUGAGCUAAAUAAUAUUAUUUGGUAUUUUACGGUAAUGUGUUAAUAAUUUCACACAUAAGUCACUCCUGAGUAUAAGUCGCACCCCCGGCCAAACUAUGAAAAAAACUGCGAUUUAUAGUCCGAAAAAUACGGUAAUUUUACUUUUUGAAACCGAUACCGAUAACUUCCGAUGUCACAUUUUAAAGCAUUUAUUAUCAAGCCGAUAUUAUCAGACAUCUCUAGAUAUUAUUUUAGGUCCUAAAUUAUGAAAUAAGUGCCAAUGUCACCAGCAUCUUAGGGGCCCUUUAACAUUCUGCAGUAUUUUGCAUGACGGAUCUAUUUUUUUUCUGAUAUCUGUAACUCAGACAAAAGAAAUAUACCAAAAACAAAUGUCCACUACAGAAGAUGUUGGUUCCCAAAAUAAUAGUGAAGCUCCUUAGUGUCCGGACAAUGUGGCUCCUGGAGAGAUUUAGCUGAAAAGCCCUGCUUUAAAGCCUAUAAGAACGUAACGUUGAGUUGUUUCAUUCCCGAUGAGUGAGACACACUUCUGGAUUGCAAUUUAACCGCUUUUUGCCACCAAACUUCUCCGAGUGCGCUGGAAAAUCUGCUGAUAUCAAAGCAGAACAUCGGUCCAACCUGAGACCGAUGAUGACUACUGAAUGCUGACAUUGUGUUUAAAUCUAUGUGUGUGUGGAUGAGUAAUUAUCAUGCACUAGGUUGCAUGUGAAUCUUUUGAAUGCAUCUGCAUGAGCGGUGACCACUAAAUCACAACAAGAACGUGCCGGUUUCAGAAACAUGAAUAAGUGGUUGCUCAGAUGUCUCUGUUUUUUUAUUUUGAUGUCUAUGAUUAUGGCCUCCUAUGAAUGUGAGUAGGUGAUUAUGCACUUGCGUCCUCAAGCCCAUCUCCCGCUGCCACUUUCACACCUCCUCCGACGGGUUUUUCGUCUCAGACCUCAUGUACCGUACUCGCAUCACACCGAUGGUCUCGCCGUGGAGGGCUCCCUGCUGCCGGCCACAAUGACUAUACAAGCGAGAGCACAGUGCCUGGGUGGCGUUACAAUUUGUACAUGUUCUUUUGUAUUUGAUCAAGUCGGGGGGAAAAAAUAAGCCCUCUUCCUCCCUUUCCAAAUGGGGGUCGAAGCAGGUGUGUGAUCUCAGUGUACAGUGUGUGUCCUCUUUGUACCCCCCCCCCUCCACCCUUUUGGACCUUCCUUGCUGAGUGUGCUUUGUGCAGGAAGUGGGAAUAUUGAUGUCUCUCUGUGUGUACCUGUGCAACACUUGUGACUCCUGUCAUAUGCCGCUGUAAAUAAACAUGUCCUGGUAGAAGAGACAAUGUUUCAAGAUAUGACUCUCUCUGUUUUGCUGCGCGGCUCGACGGUACACUGAUGUACAGGAUGCACUGAAAAUGACGCAUGAUAUACUGAAAAGUAUUUUUUUUUUUUAAGUUGACCUAAUUUUUUUGCAGAAACAGGAUUU